UUGUCUGGAACCCCAAGCCCUGGCCAUCCUGAGCAGUCCACUUCGUUAAACUGAGAGCCCAGCGAGGGUCGUGGCCCAAUCUGGUUCUCAAUGCCCGGCACACAGUAGGCGCUCGGUGUACACUUGCUACAGAUGGAACCAGCGGAGAUGGAGAAUGCCGUCGUUUGUUUCUAUUUUACAGAUGAAAAAAUCGAGCAGGGCGGAGCAUGGGGGGAUUAGAACUCUAGCCUGUCCAACAGAUUUUUUCCCAAAGAGCAGGUGCACUGCCCGCCCGCUCUGGUCAAGAACCAGAGAAUUGGCCUGCGAAGGUACUCCCAGAGACCCCGCCCAGCCGGAGCCUGGAAUUCCACCCUCAGCGCUUUAUCCUGCGGUUCAGCGCUGUCCCGAGUUAACCUGAAAGUAACUCCCAAGCCUCCCUUUUCUGGCUUUCGGGGAGCCAGAGACAGACCAGACACUGGGCUCUGCAGGUGCAGACCUGGACCAGAAAGAGGUUCCAGGAAGACUCUCUGGAGGAGGGGACGCUGGAGCUGGGCCUUGAGGAUGGCCAGGAAAGGCAUCGGGGCCGAGGGAAAGCUGGGGAGGGGAGAGAAGCUGGAAAGUUCCAGGAAAAGCAAGAAGGACUCUUCCUAGAAGUUUGGGCACGAUUUACGCUGGCCAGGGCGUGGGUUCCCCGGAACUCAUCCCUCGGAGUCACUGAGAUGCUCUGAACUUCCGGUCUCAACCUGGGCACAGAGAGGUAAGGAUCCCUCCUUUUCGGACGGGAAAACUGAGUGCGCAUAGGUCCGUGGCUUGCCUAAGGCUACGGAGUGGCCAGAUGGAAAAUACGUGACUCGAACCCUCUCCGCGCUGUCAUUUCCACCGCCUUCUGCCAAUCCCUGUCUCUUCUUCCACCCCUCAUUAACAUUGUUUGGGAUCCCUGCCGCUCUAGGACCCUAAAAAUUCGGUCUAAUGUUGCCGGGGGGAACAUCAUUUCGCUACACCUACUCCCUGGAGCUUCCGCCCCCUUUCCCUUGCAACAGCCAAUGGAAACAAAGAUCUUUAGUCGGUGGGCGGUACGUCUCCUAAGGGACUCAAUGGUAGCCGAGAAUUGUUGAGCACGUUACCAGCCACGCCGCGGAGUGGGCGGGGCCUCCUGCUCAGACUUGAAGUCUCUAGCAGGCAGGUGGGGCAGGCGGGUCGCAGGUUGUACAUCCAUGUGGCGGGGGCUGUGGAGCCUGGCGGCCCGGGCGGCACAUUGGCCUCACAGACUGUGCACGCGCCAGAGCAGCGGCGCCCUGGACCCCGGUCCCGCGGCCACCAUCUUCGCACUAAGCUCGGGCCAAGGCCGCUGCGGCAUCGCAGUGAUCCGGACCAGCGGCCCCGCCAGCGGACACGCCCUUCGGAGCCUCACGGAGCCUCGAAACCUGCCACCGGCCCGCAAGGCCAGCCUGCGCCUGCUCAGCGACCCCCGCUCCGGGGAGCCGCUGGACCGCGCGCUGGUGCUCUGGUUCCCAGGUCCCCAGAGUUUUACGGGUGAGGACUGCGUGGAGUUCCACGUGCAUGGAGGCCCGGCCGUGGUGAGCGGCGUCCUGGAGGCUCUGGGCAGUGUGCCCGGGCUGCGGCCGGCGGAGGCGGGUGAGUUCACCAAGCGGGCAUUCGCCCACGGGAAGCUGAGCCUGACCGAGGUGGAGGGGCUGGCCGAUCUGAUCCACGCGGAAACCGAGUCGCAGAGGCGGCAGGCCCUGAGGCAGCUGGAUGGGGAGCUGGGCCACCUCUGCCGCAGCUGGGCCGAGACCCUCACCAAGGCUCUGGCCCACGUGGAGGCCUAUAUUGACUUCGGCGAGGAUGACAACCUGGAGGAGGGUGUCCUGGAGCAAGCGGACAAAGAAGUGCGGAAGCUGGAGGUGGCACUGGACGCACAUCUACGAGAUGCGAGGCGAGGCCAGAGGCUCCGUUCAGGGGCUCACGUAGUGGUCACUGGACCCCCCAAUGCGGGCAAGAGCAGUCUGGUGAACCUGCUCAGCCAGAAACCUGUGUCCAUCGUGUCCCCGGAGCCGGGAACCACUCGCGACGUGCUGGAGACCCCAGUGGACCUGGCCGGGUUCCCGGUGCUGCUGAGCGACACAGCAGGGUUGCGGGAGGGCGUGGGGCCCGUGGAACAGGAGGGUGUGCGGCGCGCCCGCAAGAGGCUGGAGCAGGCUGACCUCGUUCUGGCCAUGCUGGAUGCCUCUAAUCUGGCCUCUCCCUCCAGCUGCAACUUUCUGGACACGGUUGUAGCCCCCCUGGGAACCCGGAACCCCAGUGGGAGCAGCCCGCGCCUCCUGCUAGUGCUGAACAAGUCAGAUCUGCUGCCCCCUGAGGGCCCAGGUCCCUGUCCUGACCUGCCCCCCCACCUGCUGCUGUCGUGCCUGACCGGUGCAGGGCUGCACGGCCUCCUGGAGGUGCUGAAGAAAGAGCUGGCUGCAGUGUGUGGGGACCCAUCCACAGGCCCACCACUCCUGACACGAGCAAGGCACCAGCAUCACCUCCAGGGCUGCCUGGACGCCCUCGGCCACUACAAGCAGACCAAAGACCUGGCCCUGGCGGCUGAGGCGCUGAGGGUCGCCUGGGGGCACUUGACCCGCCUCACAGGUGGAGGAGGCACUGAGGAGAUCCUGGACAUCAUUUUCCAGGACUUCUGCGUGGGCAAGUGAGGGGAUGGGCAGAAGCCUUGGGUGAUCUGGGAGCAACUUAGGCCAAAUGGGAUGCUCAUCUGCCGAAGGAAGAACUCGAUUCCUAAACGGUGAGGUGAAGCAGGGGGUGUGAACUCCCUGCAGGGGCUUGCUGGAGAUUCAGGGCCUGGAGUGGGACUGAAUGGAGGUCCCUUUGGGCACUGGAUGCUGGGCGGUCUGAGUUGGGAGGAAGGUAGGAGGAGCUCAGGGGUCUUUGUUUCAUAGUUUUUAAUUUAUUUUGCAAAUACCAAAGGAAUGUAAAAAACUCAGGUGAUCUGGAAAUGUUUCAACAUAGAGAUCUCCCUUACCCCCUCUCACAGGGUCAUGGCUUAACAUGUGUCUUUCCAGAACUUUCUCUGCAUGUUUGUGUACUUAUGGAUGCACUUAUCAAAUAUAUGUUUCAUCUUGUGCUUUGUACAUAAAUUGUAUUAUGUUAAUGGCUCUA